AACGCUAUGUUUUAAGAUCUUUCAUUGUUACUAAAGAAGAAACUAUUCUUCUUACCGUUGAAGGCUCUAAUGAAAGUGGAGAUGCAAAAUGGUUAAAAGCAUCUUGGCUUAAAGAACUUGAUAAUAGUGGCAUGCGGCUUGAAUUACCCAAAGAAAAAAAUCAUGUAGGAGGAAUUAAAAAUCCAUAUGCAGAAUUUGGAAAUCGUUUAAUAUCACCUAAUAUUUCAGAAAAUGUUUAUACACCAGUUGCAGAUAUUCAAAGAUACUUAUCCAAACAACCAAAUAAUGUUGAUGAUAAUUGUUUUUUCAUUUUUAUUAAUACAUCUAAAAAUAUAUAUCAUG